AGACAUUUCGUCGAGCAUCGGCUAGACGACGCGCAGCGAUGCCAGCGUCUGCGCGAGCGUGUCGUCCUCCCCGAGCCGCGGCUGGUCGCCUUGAGGACGCGUCUCCUCGUCAGUCAUCCCUCAUCUCCCUGGGAGAAGGCGCGGGCCACGCUGUGGCAGCCUUCCUGUCGACCACCGCAUCAUGGCCGUCGGGGUGGAGCUUCCACGCAGCAGCGGUGCACCUGGCCUCGGUCGCGACAUUCGCAACCGAGCGCUCGAGCCAGCAGAAGGACCACGGCCUCGAAGACUACGACGGCCUCGAUGUCGCACGGGCAGAGGCAGCCAGUCCGCCGCCCUCGAUGUCGGCGAGCUGUUCCAGCCACCGCUCCAAGCUGCAGCCAUGAGGUGGUGGUACAUCACGCGAAAGGCGCUCGACGAAAUGCUCAAGCCGCUGUGAAGCUAUAAAGGACUGUUCUGAUCGCAAUGUGCAAGCGCAACAACUUGAGGGCAGAGUGUUGGCGGCAGCUCGCUCGACUCAGUUUGACGGCUGGGAAGGCUUUCUGGGCCUGUGCUGCUCGGCUUCCACUCGCAAUUGAGGCCCAUUGGGCCGCCGCCUCAGACCCCUUUCGCCAACCCCUUCCUCCUCGAGCCGCCGUCGCCAGAUCUCCCCCAGGGACGCGCUCAUCCUUUUGCCUCUCAACUGUGCUGUGCAGGAACCUGCGGGGAAGGCGGUCGCUCGCUCGCUGAGAGAAUGCCUCUGGGGCUGACGCUGGGCUCGCUGGGGCGGUCGAUGCGCCGGAAGCGGCUGUCCUCGCUCGACAUCCUCUCCUCCAAGCGGGCGCCGCGGGAUUACUACAAGGGCAAGAACUGCAAGCCCACCGGGUUCCACACCCGCAAAGGUGGAUAUGUGAUUGUUGAUGAAAAGUUGCCAAGAUUUGUGGUCCCUGACUUGACUGAUUUCAAGCUGAAGGCAUACGUGUCACAAUGCGCCAGGGACCUCACAGCGUCGACAGCAUCCUCUACUUCAGCAGAAAGUACUGAAAGCAAGAGCUGAUCUGAUCUUUGCUUGCGGGGAGGCAGCCCAACUCUGAAGUUAUGUUUCCCUAGACUGCCCAUGUUCCGAGGAUUAGCAUCAGCAUUCUAGCUACAAACAUUUCAGAUAUCUUUCUUGUAAGGGCAAACAUUAUGGCAUACCUAGAUUCACUUUUCCUGCUUGUAAUUUUGAUCUUCAUUUUGAAGUAAUAAGUACUUGAGUUAAGGGGACAUUUCUUGUG